AUGAUAAGUACCUUUAAUAAUUUAUCUAGUAGUAUCAUUUUAGAAUUAAAACCAAAAAAUAAGAUUAAAAGAAAAAUUCAAUUUUCAUGCAUCUACUAUGAAAUUCAAGCUCUGAGCAAACGACUUUAUAUACAAACUAGAAGAAGACCUUCAACAAUCAUUUCAGGAAUUAUACAACCAUUAUUAUGGUUACUAUUAUUUGGCGGAUUAUUUCAAAAUGCGCCUGUUGGAUUAUUAACAUCCAAUAUUACAUAUGGAACCUUUUUAAGUGCUGGUAUUAUUACAUUUACGUCGUUUAAUGGUGCAAUUAAUGCCGGAUUACCUUUAAUGUUCGAUAGAGAAUUUGGUUUUUUAAAUCGGCUUUUAAUCUCACCAUUAAUUUCACGUGAUUCUUUAUUAAUUUCAUCUAUAUUUUUUAUAACUACUAUCACAACUAUCCAAACAUUAUUUAUUAUCGUAUUUAGUUUAAUAUUUUAUAAUAAUACCUUCAAUACACUAACUAUUUUUUCUAUUCUUUUUAUAACUUGUUUAAUUACUUUAAGUAUGGCUAGUAUAAGCAUUUGCUGUGCAUUCAUUUUACCUGGACAUAUAGAAUUUUUAGCUUUUACUGUUAUCAUUAAUUUACCGAUGCUUUUUUCUAGUACUGCUUUAGCUCCUUUAUCUUUUAUGCCUUAUUGGCUACAAAUUAUUGCUAGUCUAAAUAUAUUGACUUAUUCAAUAGAAUGUAUUAGAUAUUUAUCAACUGCAGACUAUAUAUACAAUAAUCCCAUAAUUAUGGAAAGUGUAUGGUUUAAUAUAAACUUAUCUCAAAGUAUCUACAUACUAUUAAUAGUGAAUAUACUAAGCCUAAUACUUGUAAAAAAUAUCAUUUCUUAUAAAUUUGAAUAA